UAACUUCUUAAAGUUUGAGCCUACCUUCUUAAAAUUUGAAAAGCUGAAAUGUGUGAAAUACUGAUUGACUGUAGAGAAUUUGAAAGGAAUUGACCCCUAAUGGUUUUUUUCCCCCUCAAAUUUAAAGCUAAAAAACGGGACAUCUAUGACAAAUAUGGCAAAGAAGGAUUAAAUGGUGGCGGAGGAGGUGGAAGUCAUUUUGACAGCCCAUUUGAGUUUGGCUUUACAUUCCGGAACCCAGAUGAUGUCUUCAGGGAAUUUUUUGGUGGAAGGGACCCAUUUUCAUUCGACUUUUUUGAAGACCCGUUUGAUGACUUUUUUGGGAACCGAAGGGGUCCUCGAGGAAGCAGAAACCGAGGAGCAGGCUCGUUUUUCUCUGCCUUCAGUGGAUUUCCAUCAUUUGGAGGGGGAUUUCCUUCAUUUGAUGCAGGAUUUACUUCCUUUGGGUCCCUGGGUCACGGAGGCCUGACUUCCUCCUUCUCUUCCACGUCAUUUGGCGGUAGUGGGAUGGGCAACUUCAAGUCUAUAUCAACUUCCACUAAAAUAGUGAAUGGCAGGAAAAUAACUACAAAGAGAAUUGUUGAGAAUGGUCAAGAAAGAGUAGAAGUUGAAGAAGACGGCCAGUUAAAGUCCUUGACAAUAAAUGGUGUGGCCGACGCCGAGGCCCUGGCGGAGGAAUGCCUGCGGAGAGGCCAGCACUCCCUGCCAGCCACCACGUCCACCGGCACGCGCCCGCCCCAGCCGCCCCGCGCCGGCCCCGCGGCCAGACCCACGCCUCACCCCGUCGUGGACGACAGCGAGGAGCGAGACCGGCCUCGGGUCCCCGGCCACUGGGACACCCCCGUGAGCUCAGCAGGGGCCAAAGAAGGUGGCAAGAGGAAGAAACAGAAGCAGAAAGAGGACUCGAAGAAGAAGAAGCCGACCAAAGGGAACCACUAGGCCGGCCCCGCCCGCCCUCCUGCCCGCGUGUGCCGCGCACGUGCAGCAGCCGCAGCGCCUUCUCGCUUAGCGGGAUCGUGAACGUGUACACGCUCGCGGGUCGGUAGGAUCAGGGCGUCGAGACGGAGGUGACAAUCACGGGUGGCGUGGUCGAUGUCUGGGACACCGCCUCGACGUUGUCACUCUGCUUUUUUUCUCCAGCACUAAAUGGGUUAGUGUUCUCCUCUUGAGUCGCGAGGCUCUGUCUUGCCCUCUCCAGCCGGGAUGUGGGUAGCGGUGGGAGUUCCGUAAGGCACGGCCCGAGCCCGGGCGCGUCUCCGGGACACACCCUCCUUCCCGGCGGCGGCAUACGUCCGAGUGCCCCCGUCGCUUCGCGUGCACGUAAGAUCACUCCUGUAGCUGUCCAAGUCCUCUCCAAGUCCAAGUUUGACUGCAAAUCUUGCUUAAUUUUUUGCUAAAUCUCAUCUUUCUCGGAUCUAUGAUUCUUUUUUCAGUAAGAAGGUUUUGCUCAGCAAUACCAUCUCUAGCUUUGACAAGUCAGGCUGAUGCUGGGGCAAACCAAGCUGGCUGUUGACACACACACACGCACACCGCACGCACACACGUGUGCCGAAUGACCGGCCGUUGGGCAGAAGCUCGGCCUGAACAU